AUGGUAUUUGCUUCAACCAUCCGAAAAUGCAAACACGAUCUGGGUUUGUUAUUUAAACGAUCAUGGCCUAUAUUUUGGCAUAAAUAUGCGACCAAUGAUGAUCCUUGUCAUGAUUCUUGCAGCAUCGAUUGGUGUGGUUAUUUAAAAGCUGCUCGUGAUGGAACACCAUAUGAUCAUAAACCACACGCUUUACCUCGUCCUGUUCUUGAUGCAAUCAAACCUGUUUUUGACAACCUAUGUUCUCGAGAAAAUCUGGCACGUGUAGUUGAUGCGUCAAGUCAGAAUCCAAACGAGGGUUUUCAUUCGCUUGUCUGGCUUAUGUCACUAAAACACAAGGCAUCAUCUGGAACAACAUUUGAAAUUGCAUGUCAUCUUGCAAUAAUAAUAUCUAAUGAUGGAUAUUUUGCAUUAGGAAAUCUUUUCAACAACAUAUCUGGUUAUCAUGGCUAUUAUACCGACCAAGCAAUGAUUCACUUUGACAACAAUCGUCUUCAUACAGAAUCAAAAGAAAAUAAUAGGAAAAGAAGAAAAGAAGCUGGUCGUGUUUUAGAUAAAAAUGGUCAAACAAAUUAUAGUAAUAAUGCACUGGGUGAUGAUAACGAUGAAACAAUCGAUAGUGAUGAACAAAGAAAUGAUGAUUAUCAUGAAACAAAUCCUAGUGAUCAACCAACAUCUCAAGAUAAUGAUACAACAACUGAUAGUGAUGAACCUAUGACUGGUGAUAAUGAUUCAACAUCCAGUAGUAAUGAUUCAUCAAAUGAUAGUGAUGAUGGAACAAAUCAUAUGCCCGAUGAGGAAACAAUUCUUAAUCCUGAUGCAAGAACAAAUGAAGAUCUUGAAAAAAAUGAUGACACUAGUGAUGACGAAUACGGUUAUUAUAAUCCAAAAGACAAAAGAAGGUGGAAAUAA